UCAUGCUCGAUUUGUUUUCCUGGUCCUGUGCUGGCUGUUAGGACACAUCGCUCCCUUCCCCCUCGCCUGCAUUGGCGGCUCCUGCAGUUCAGCGUGCAGAUAAACGUGGACCCCGCAAGCUCCGUCCCGUGCGACGCCGCGGUCCGGAAUUCCACCUGCAACUCGCUCCAAGCCGUCCUGAGCGCAGUGGCCGAGGCGUCCGGAUUCGCUGGCGACGACUGCAUAGCUGUCCAACUGUUGCCAGGGACACACACGGUGACACAGAGCGUCACGAUCACCCAAAACCUCGUUUUAUGGGGAUCCAGUUCUGCUGCUACUGCCCCUCCCCCCUCUCCCUCUUCCUCUCCCAACGAUGCCACUACGACUGGCCAGCUGCCCGGAACAACUCCUGAGAUGAAUAACUAUGACACAAAGAUCGUAUUUAACUCCUCUUGUGACUCGUUCGAUGCCCCGUUCUACGUCCUGUCGUUUGUGGGCGGAGCCUGGUUGUCGAUGGCAACACUUGAAUUGACAGGAAGUCCCGGAGGAAUUGAAAUUGUUAAUGUGACGAACGUCCAAAUCACUAAUUGCUCGUUCAGCUGGUUUACUCAAGGAGCAGUCGAUGUCUACAACAGCCGCUCCGUUGCCAUAGCUAAUUGCCACUUCUUUCACAAUGGACCGGUGGGUGUGGUCAAAACCAAUGAGCUCAGAGGUCAUGCAGCUGGCUUGUCUCUGGGCUACUCCAUCACAGCAGAUGAGGAAGAAAAUCUGACAGCCAUUGUUGAAAGCUGCGUCUUUUACAACAACUCAGCUCUGCUGGCUGACUCAUCAACGUCUGAAGCACUAAAUGACAGGGUUUUCCCCGGUAGAGGUGGUGGCUUGGCGGUCCUCGUCGACUCUGUCACCACGGUUACCGUGGACGUUAUAAAUUGCAGCUUUUUCAACAAUUUCGCCACGGAAUUUGGAGGCGGAGCUUUUACU